GCUGCCUGGUUGCCUUCAUCUACACAUCUACAAAAUCAUAUAUAUGCUUCUCAGUAAUAGAAUAGACUAGAUUCCAAUGUAAACACAACAUAUACUCAGGCAUUAAAGAAGUACAGGCAAAGAAAACUCAGGAUGUGGGAGAAACUGGUGAAUUGCAUCAAAGGUGGAGCCGGUUCCAGGAAGAAGAAGGGCUGCCAAGGGGUCAACCUGGCAGAGUUGAUGAAGCAGGUGCCUCCGAAUCAGCUAAAGCAAUUCAAAAUAUUUGCCAAGAAGCAUGAAGAGUACAAGGAGCGCGUUCGCAAGUAUCCCGAAUCCUUGCCGGCUAUCGAUUGGAGUUACUAUCGCCAGAAUGUGCGUCCAGAGUUCGUUAACUGGGUUCGAACCUAUGAGACCAAAUACGACAAGCUACAUUCCCUUGAGAAUCGACAUGCAAUUGUGGAUCACAAGCGUUACUUUGAAUUGGUCGACAAGGAAUCGGAGGUGGUUCGACAGGAGAUUCUUGAAUACAAGGCUGCAUCGAACGAAAGAAUUAAGGAGUAUCAAGAGCAGCUUGAAUUCCUGUCGAGCCUUAAACCCUACGACCAAAUGACCAUGGAAGAAUUCUGCUGUGCUCGUCCCCUCUUGGCUCCUGAUUUUAUAAACAAGCCCACUUUUUGGCCCCACACACCGGAGGAGCAAAUCCCUGGACCAUCGGAUCCAGCAGCAGCUGCUGCUCUCCACGAAGACGAGCCAGCGCCACCUGAGCCGCCAAAGAAACCACCGCCGUCGCCGCAGCUGGAAGCUAAGCCAGCUCCUGAGAAACCAUCAGCUGUGGCAGAUCCACAAAAACCUCCUGGCGAAAUGGUCGAACAAGCUUCUAAAUUGAUCAAGGAUUUAUUUGAAAAAGCCACUGUUUUGUUUUACAUUGUAAAAGAGAAAAUGUCCGUAAUAGCCAAAGAUGUUCAGAAGAAAGCCGAAGCCGCAAAAGCUGCUCGAGCCGAAGCUGCAGCCAAAUCAUCAGAUCCUGACUCAACUUCUUCAGCUUCCUCAAGUCAGAAAACACUGGACAGCUUUUCAGAGCGGGACUCGAAGCCCAAUAUCUGCAAUCAGACUAUUAUUCGUUCCGGAGAGGAUGAAGGGAAUCCGGAGAUUAAAGCUCGACACACAGACCUAUCCAUCGAGGCAGAUCCUUGCGAAGCCGAGGACGAGAGGAUUCGUCAAAAGGCCAGAGAUCUGGAACGCCGUCGUCAGAAGGAGGAGCAAAGGGAGUGGGAUGAAAUUUGCCGGAAGGUCCCUGAUCCUUGCAAACCCAAGGAUCCUUGUGAAUCGGUGGAGAAAGAACCCGUCUGCGAAGCUCAGCCGGAUCCUUGUGAAUUAAAGGAGGAAGAACCCAUCUGCGAGGCUCAGCCAGAUCCUUGUAAGGUCAAGAAGGAUGAACACAUCUGUGGGGCUCAACCAGAUCCUUGUGAAGUCAAGGAGGUGGCACCAGUUUGCGAUCCUUGUGAAUCCAUGAAAGAAGAAGCCGUUUGCGAGCCUCAACCAGGUCCAUGUGAAUCCAUUAAGAAAGAAGCUGUCUGCGAGCCUCAACCAGAUCCCUGUAAGCCCAAAGAGGACGAAUCCUGUACUGACGAGAAGGAAGACUCUGAUCCCUGUAAAUCAAAAUCCAAAGACACUGAAGACUCAGGAGAACCCAAAGAGACCGAACAGGUCUAUAUUUCGAUAUCGGAAUGCAGCAAGGAAGUUCACAAGAAGGAGCAGGAGCAAAAGAAACCCGGAGAUAAGCCCAAGGAAUGCGCAUCGCUGACAGAGAAAAUUGAGGGCAAAGACCAGAAAUUGAUAAUGGGCCAACAGGUUCCCGAAUUCAAGGAUCAAAAAUGUGAUGAAAAGGCCACCAUGGGUGGCAUCGUCGAUGUGGGUCAUGUCUAUACGGAUCCCAAUCAAAUUGUUCAAUUGCUGACCCAGGAAAAGAAGGACAAGGAGGCCAAGGAGGCCACGAAGGCCAAGGAGACCAAGGAGGCCAAGAUCCAGACAACGGAGGCAACUUGCAUUAAGGAUGCCGUUAAGCCUGUAGAUGGCAAGCCCGUUACCAUUUAUCCCAGGCGCCAGAUAUCACCAAAAGCAAGGACCCCAGGUUCUAAGGAACCCGAAAAGUCACCCAAGGAGUUAGCUAAAGAUGUGCAUAGCAUGGCCAAGGGUGCUGCUUCGCUGCUAUCGGAGGCCUCCAACAUUUUGGAGGAUUUAAAGAAUAGCAAAGAGGUGCGCAUUGAGAUCCUGGAACAGGCCUACAUCAAUGCCCAGCGACAGGCUCUUGGAGCACUGGCCGAGGCCUCGAAGGCUGUGAAUGCUGCCAACAAGUUGGCCAAGAGAUCAAGCGAGGCAACGGGUAAGGUCAGUAGCCAGGAUCUGGAGGCUCUGGUCAUGGCCGAGAAGCAUGCUGUUAUGGCCAAAAUGCUGGCCAAUCGCGCUGUUGCCUUAAAGGAUGAAAUUGCCCGGGUUCUCAAGGAUCUGAAGAAGAAAGGAUAAUCUCUCUAUCGUUAUAUAUAUGCAUACAUAAGUAUUUUUCCAACGUUUUUGUACCCCACCAUGUGUUCUAUGUUGUUCGUAUUAAAUUUUCUGUUGCAUUUUCCAGCGUUCAAA